AUGGUUCCCCCGGGCUCACGCCACCCGCCGAUGGGGACGGGGCGGGGGGGGCAGCACCCCGCUGUCCCUGCCCGCCGUGUGGGGCCGGGGGCGGAAAGGCGCGGAGGCCGGCGGCUGGCGGGGGAGAGCGAGCCGGCCGUGCCCGGGGGGAAGGACACCGCGGGACGGCGAUCCCCCCUCGGGACACAGGGCGAGGGGAGCCCCGCUGCCCGGACCCGGCCGGGAAGGGAAGGGAAGCGGCCCCUCUCCCCCGCUGCCCCCCGCCGCCGCCGGCCGUGCGCAGCGCCGCGCUGCCCGCUUCCUCCCCGGUGCCGGCCUGGGAGCCGCCCCGCCGCCCCGAUCACUUGCCAUUUGCAUUUCUCCGCUGCUGGGGAGGAGGAGGAGGAGGAGAGCAGGAGGAAGCCUACGCCCGGGGCGAUAGGGGGGCGGGGGAGGGGGAAAGGGAAGAGGAGGAGGCGAGCGGCGGCAGCGGGGCCGGGCCGCCCCGCACCGCACCGCUCCUGUGCAUCCGCCUCUUCCUUCCCCCCGCGCCGCCUCCACCGGGGGAGCCGGCGGGGGCCGUACGUGCCGGGCGGGCAGCGAGGGGAGGGUCUGCGGCUCGGCGUCGCUGCAGCAGCGGCAGCGGCAGCGGCAGCAGCAGCGCCGGCCCCGCCGCGCCGCCAGGGACCGGGUGCGGGAGCCGCCGCCGGCUCCGCGCUGCUGCUGCGCGGCGAUCGCCGCUGCUGGCAGGAGGGGCAGGGAUGUGAGCGUUUGAGCAAAAUAAAGACAAGUUGUAAUAAUGCAGCUCUUUGUCUUUCAGAUUUCAGGUACUCAGACUCCACCUUUACCUUUACCUACAUUGGAGGCUCCAAAAGCGUAUCCUAUUCAGUGCAUGUCUCUGAGGAUUACCCAGAUAACACUUACGUUUCCAGUUCUGAUAAUGAUGAAGAUGUGCUGGUUACAACAGAGCCAAUUCCAGUAAUUUUCCACCAAAUCGCUACAGAAUUAAGAAAAACCAGUGAUGUCAACUAUUGCUUAUCCAUAAAAUCAAAAUUACAGAGGGAGAAUGGAGAGGAGUCACGGCACAACAGCACAGUUGAAGAAGACUCUGAAGGAGAUAAUGACUCUGAGGAAUUUUAUUAUGGAGGACAGGUUAGCUAUGAUGGAGAACUUCACAAGCACCCACAGCUGGAGGCUGAUUUGACAGCAGUGAGAGAGAUCUAUGGACCUAAUGCAGUAUCUCUCAGGGAAUAUGGAGCCAUUGAUGAUGUAGAUAUUGAUCUGCAUAUUGAUGUUAGCUUUCUUGAUGAAGAGAUUGCUGUGGCCUGGGAUGUAAUUCGCACAGAGCCUAUAAUAGUGCGAUUGCACUGUUCACUUACACAGUACUUAAAUGGUCCAGUGCCAACUGUGGAUGUAUUUCAGAUCUCUACUAAGGAAAGAUUUGGGCUGGGACAUCAACUGAAAAAAAUCAUGCAGACAUUUGUUACACAACAGUGGAAGAACAGCAAAGAGAAAUCUAAUUGUACGCACAAUAAGAAGGUGUCUGACAAAAAGGUGAAAUCCCCUCUGCACAUCUUUUCUACAUUGCGCAGGUCGCCAAGUUAUCCUCCACCUGGCUGUGGUAAAAAUAAAUCAAAACUGAAGUCAGAACAGGAUGGCAUCUCUAAAACUCACAAGCUACUCAGAAGGACUUGCUCUAGCACAGUGAAGGUGGAGGAUAUGUGUGCCACAAAAUCUCACAGAACCUUUGGCCGCUCGUUGUCGAGUGACCCUAGGGCUGAACAAACAAUGGCUAUUAAAUCGCACAAACUGUUGAACCGUUCUUGCUCUGCAGCUGUCAAGCAGGAGGAGUGCAUCACCUUAAAGCCCCAUAAGCUGUUAAGUAGGUCAUGUUCUGGGGACCCUCGAUGUGAGCACAACAGCACCUUGAAGCCCCACAAACUUUUAAGCAGGUCCUACUCCAGUAAUCUUAGAAUGGAAGAAUUGGAUGGAUUGAAGAAUCACAAGUUACUCAGCAAGACUUACUCCAAUGCCCCUAAGUCAUCCAAAAUGGAGCCUUUCAAGGAGUCCACCAUAGCAGAGAGCAGGAGGCUCUCUCUUACCUCAGGGCUUAUUGGUAUCUUAACACCAUCUUCAUCAUCACCUUCACAAGCUGCUCAAAAUUAUGGUGCAAAAUGCAUUCCAGUUCGAGACCGUGGCUUUCUUGUGCAGACUAUUGAAUUUGCUGAGCAGCGAAUACCAGUAUUGAAUGAAUACUGUGUAGUCUGUGACGAACCUCAUGUGUUCCAGAAUGGCCCUAUGCUGAGGCCCACUGUUUGUGAACGGGAGCUCUGUGUAUUUGCUUUCCAAACAUUAGGAGUGAUGAACGAAGCUGCUGAUGAAAUUGCAACUGGGGCUCAGGUGGUUGAUCUGUUAGUGUCCAUGUGUCGGUCUGCGUUAGAGUCACCUAGGAAAGUUGUCAUUUUUGAGCCAUAUCCUUCUGUAGUUGAUCCUAAUGAUCCUCAGAUGCUGGCCUUUAACCCCAGGAAGAAGAAUUAUGACCGAGUCAUGAAGGCUUUGGACAGUAUCACUUCUAUUAGAGAGAUGACACAGGCACCUUACUUGGAAAUAAAGAAGCAGAUGGAUAAACAAGACCCGCUUGCACAUCCUCUUCUACAAUGGGUUAUUUCUAGUAAUAGAUCACAUAUUGUGAAGCUACCAGUGAAUAGGCAACUAAAGUUUAUGCACACUCCCCACCAGUUCCUGCUUCUCAGCAGUCCACCAGCCAAAGAAUCCAAUUUCCGAGCUGCUAAAAAUCUCUACGGAAGUACCUUUGCAUUUCAUGGUUCACACAUUGAAAAUUGGCAUUCCAUCCUGAGGAACGGCUUAGUUGUUGCUUCCAAUACGAGGCUGCAGCUCCAUGGUGCAAUGUUUGGAAGUGGAAUCUACCUUAGUCCAUUGUCAAGCAUAUCAUUUGGUUACUCAGGGAUGAAUAAGAAGCAGCAGAAGGUGUCAGCUAAAGAUGAACCAGCUUCAGGCAGUAAGAGCAGUAAUACAUCACAGUCACAGAAGAAAGGACAACAGUCACAAUUUUUGCAAAGCCGUAACUUAAAAUGCAUAGCCUUAUGUGAAGUGAUAACCUCAUCCGAUCUGCACAAACAUGGAGAGAUAUGGGUAGUUCCCAAUACAGAUCACGUGUGUACAAGAUUUUUCUUUGUUUAUGAAGAUGGUCAAGUGGGUGAUACAAGUAUAAAUACACAGGAACCAAGCAUUCAUAAAGAGAUUCUUCGAGUCAUUGGCAAUCAAACUGCUACUGGUUAAAAGGACCACUCUUAUUUAAUUGAUGUGAUUUGGGAGCCUUCCUCAGUCUCAAAGCUGGAUUUUGAACUGAAGAAGAUGCAAAAAACUAAUUUAUUAUUAUUAUUCUAAACAAAUUAACCCUUUGAAUACUUACUGUUUUCUUACUUAGUAUUUCUUAUCUCAUCAAAAUACCUGAGAUGGUAUGAAUUAGCAACUGUAGGGGUGCAAAGUCUAUUAAUAUAUUACAACUAAUAAUAAUUAAACAGGCAUUUGGGUUGCUCACAAUAAACAGACUUUAAAAGGAGUUUUGUCCUGAUAUUUUUAUAUUAAACUUCAAUUGGAGGUUUUAGUACUGUAUACUGGUAUUUUAAAUUUAGAAUGACUGAAUUGUAGGCAAGAGAGAAGAUUUUAUAGCAGAGCACCUGUAUUAUGCAGGAUACUUUGCAAUAAGUAAAAUAUUCUCUCAUUUAAACACAAAAAAGGUUGUCUGGAACAUGUUAAAUUCAAGAGAUUGGUUACCUGCAGCUAUCUUUGAUUCAUUUUAUUUUACACAAGUGCAGCUAGGAUAAGAGUCAAAGGUUAAAACAAAAAUACAAAUUUUAUUUAAUGAGUGAAACAAAGCAAAAAGUAAUGAAUGUGAUGAUGUAUAUUUAGUUUUCUUUAUCUUCUCUGGAAACACUGUAUUAUCCAUUAAGCAACUUAGCUGCAUUUUUUAAUUAUGCAAGCCUAGCAAGCAUCUAGAAAUCCUGAAUCUGUUAACUUCCUUUUUAAAAAUUUGGGGGUUAUAUACUAGAUUUUACAGUUUCUUUAGAUCAACAAGGUUCCUUAAUGUUUUUACCUUAGCUUCAGUGAAACUGCUCUGUAGUUAAAUCUAGCCACGUAAAAGUACGUGCUGAAUUAAGGCUUUUACAUGAUUGAGUCAAUUGUUGGUACAUCAGAAAAUACAAACAAAUGCAAAAUUUUACUGAUUUUCUCUUGGUGAAAUAUUUUUAUUAAUUUAUUCCUAAGGGAAAACAAACCAAUGCAAAUCUCUCUCUCCCUUAAAUUAAUAACUUUUUUUUUUUUCCAAGUGAGCAUGAUGGCAACACAGGUAGGGAGGAGCCCAGUCUCCAAAGCGUAAAGCAUUUCCUGUGCCCCAAUGAGUGCCCUUGGUGGCCCUCAUGGUGGCUGUCCUGAGGCAUCAAUCACAUCCUUGAAUAUGGUGAGCAGUGCAACUUACCCAUCUGUGCGACUAUUACAGGCCACCUCAGAAAGCAAAAAAUAGACCGAAUACUCUAUUAUGUUAUUUUCAUAAUAUACUGAAGCGCCAAAUACCAGCAUAACAAAGCACAGAAGUGUUUGCUUCUUUUAAACAGAUAUGCCGUAAUGGGUGAUUCCUUCUUUCUAGUUCAAGCUACACUCCCUUAUUACUUGCUGCAACUGAAGUGCCCUACGAGUCAAAUAGUGUUAUUGGGCCUAGCAGCACAUACUUGGAGAUGUAUUUUAGCAUUCCAGAAUUAUUUGCUGGGGACUUCAGUUUUUGUGGGUUCACAUCCAGACUUGUAAAGCCAAUCCUGUUUGCAAAUCGAUGUUUUGCUAUUGAAUUUCUGUUGAAUUUCACCCCCAUAUGGUGGACCCCUAACUUAAGAAUCACUACUCUAAUUGUUAUCUUUUGUGUUGGGACACAGGUUAACUUCUUGAAACAAAGAGGAUUCCUGAAAUUUGUCUAUCUAUGUAAGGACUGCCUUACGUUGUGCAACUGCACAAAAUCAGCAUAAUUCAGAAGUGGAGCUGAAACCCUGGUAUGACCAUCUCUAUAUAAUUUUUCCUGCAAUAUGUGUCUCGAUCACUAUGUUUUGCAUAACAAAAAGAAAUUGGGAAGCAAGUCCACUAAGAUACCCUGCGGUGACUUGCUGGGCUAAUAGUCCACCACUCUGGGAAGCCUCCUCAAAAAACUAGGAGAAGAGAAAGAUGACCACGAGUGAACUGGAGAAGCCAAGUAAGCGGUCAUCUUCCCUGUCCCUUGAAGCUUGCAGCAGGGUCACAAGUGAACCUCUUGAAGGAGGAAACCUGGAAUCUAGCUAUGGCAGCGAGUCAGCCUUGGUUUGCAUGGUGGGGUCAUGAUACUGGCCACGCAUGGUGCCAUCGUAAGUACAACGACCUGGAAGGGAAAAAUACAUCUCUGCCAAAUUUUAAGGAUGCUCGGAGGUUUGUUCUUAAUGGGGGAGCAGGAGGAAGGGGCAGUUUGGAGGAAAGCAGGGCUCUGAGGUGUAUGGGGGCCUUGCUGUUGUAAGGUGCCCACUUCAGGGAGUACUGAAGUGACUGUCUUACAGGGGAGAAGGAGGAUGGCUAAGAGUAAGAGGCAGAAUGUGACGUGCACAGGCAUUAGAAAGCGGUGGGAGAGAUCAAAACCUUUUAGGGAGAAAGGUAGUUCUGAACAGACAAGUUAUUUCUGGUAGGAAAGAAAAAAAGAAGAAAAAGAAAAAAAAGAGGAGCUACAGAAUUGCUAACAAGCAGCAUGGCAGGAGAAGGGACUGGAUAAACAAAGCUGCAAUGUGGGGAAACACAGCCUGUGGAAGUAUGGGGCUGUGCUGUGCCCAGGCAGCUGGGCCACCCAGGAAGGGAUCACACUGUAAGGGACAGUGCAAGGACACGAGCCCACUGUCACACACAAACAGCAAUUGAAUUAAACGAAAAUUCACUUGCUACACAGUAACUCGAUCACUAUUUUCUUUAGCCAGUAUGUUAACAAGAAACUUCUUCUGAGAUGUUAUCCACAGGUAAACGUGAGUCUUCAGAUCAUUUAGCAAAGUACUAGUUCUCAUAAUUUUUAAAAAAAUGAGGGAAAGGAGGGAAGUUUCUGGGGGGUCUGUUACUCAAAAAUAAAUAGCCCUUCUAUAGCAAACUUCACACCUGAAACAAUGACUUCAUCACCAAGAACUGGAAUGAAAAAGUUUGAGGAUGAGAUUUUCUCCGAAGGAUUUUCCCUUGUGGUUUUACCCAAGGGUGAAAGUUGCAUAAUGCCAAAUUCUUCCAAAUACUUAAAUUCACAUGGAUUCCAGGGGAUGAAAAAUAAAUAGCCAGGCACAUCUGAUCAAGGACCCUGUGUUAUCCCCAGAGCCCUUGCAUUUCCUUUCCUCUGUUAUCAGAGGUAUUGGUAAUAGAGUGAUCUUUGUGACUCCCAUUGUAAGGAUGUAGGCUUUUUGCAGGUAGCUUUUAGUAAAAGGAGGUUGAGCCCCAGGCUGUACUAUCUCUCCUGCUAGAAAUGUCCAUGAAGUCAUACCAUCUAGCUGUGACCAUGUCCAGCAAGGAGCAACCGAGGAAUUCUUGAGGAAGAACUUUCUAACUUCUUCCUACAUCCCACAAAAAAUUACAACCCCUCAAAUGGGGAAGGUUUGACAGGAAAAUUAUGUUAAUAGCUUAAUGUUGCACCCUAAUUAUGAAUUGCUAUAUUUAUACUUCUGAAUAUUUUAAACAUUGAGAAAGCAACCCAAAAAGAUGCUUUUAAAGCUUUCUUGAGAUUCAGGCAGAUAUCUAGCAUUCAAGGGGUUAAGCAAUUUGAGUUAUCUUCUGUGAUACAAAUCAGUAUAGACCUGUUUUCUUCAGCAGUGCUACACUGUUUUGAAAACCUGAGUCUUUGGCUCUGUAUUACUUAUCAUAAAAUGGCCGGUUUGUGUAAUAUUGUGCUUAAUCUUUUACAGGAACUAGCUGAUGACACCGGAAUUGUUUAUGCUUAUAUUUUUCCUCUAAAGCCCUUGAAAAACUAUUACUGAUGCUGUAUAAUUUUAAUAUUGUAGCUGUUGGUACUAGAAAUUCAUCAGAUGAAUAAUGCUAAGAUUAUGCUUUUGUUAAUACAAGUGCAAGAUCACUUCAAAUGAAGACUUUGUGCUUAGAUCAAUUAUACUUUGCUUAUAAACCACUUACUACUGUGAAAGCAAUUAGCGUACUUCCAACAUGGAUGAGUAAUGAGUACAAAGUGGGAAAAAAAAAAAAAAAAAAAA